AAACCUCCGGUAACAUUGGAUUGGACUUUCCGUGAUGUCAUUUUUCUGUCAUCACGAUUUUACAAUUUCAAGUGGCGGCAAAAGUAGGAAGUCCGAAAAUUUUCGGACUUUCGCUAUUCAACUGGUUUAGACCUUCCUUGGCGACCUUAUCAGCUACCCAACAGUUUCUGAUGUCAUGGAUAUUGCAUGUAUUUAUUGCAUGUACAGCUGAGAUAACAUGAGAGUUUUCGCUAACUUUCGAACAUCAACGUUCAUUCUUCACUUACACAAUUAUCUCCCGAUUACCGUCACCAACUCAGCCUUCCCCACCCAGUCGCCAUGUCCCAGAAAGUUAAUUUUCCCUCUAAGGGAAUUAAGGUUGUUGGAGACCUUUUUCUUCCUCGCGGGUAUACCCCAGAAACCAAGUACCCGGCGGUUGUUAUUGCCCAUCCAAUGACUGGAGUGAAGGAGCAAGCUCCCAAUCUUUACGCAACGGUCUUGGCGCCUGCUGGCUUUAUUAUCCUCACAUUCGACGCUGCAUACCAAGGCGAGAGUGAGGGCCAGCCGCGUUACCUUGAAGAUCCAACUCAGCGAGCCGAAGAUAUUAGAGCUGCUGUUACCUUCCUUUCCCUCCGCCAGGAUGUCGACCCGGAGCGCAUUGGUGCACUAGGCAUAUGUGCCUCCGGUGGCUAUGUGCAAUUUGCAGCGCAGACCGAUCUACGUAUUAAAGCUGUCGCGACUGUUAGUGGUGUCUGCACUGGUCGGAUGACAAGGGAAGGGCUUGUACCAGGAAUGGGAAGUCCAGAAAUUUUGCAGCAGUCACUCGAGGCCGCCAAUAAUGCCCGGAUUACGGAGGGAAAGGGUGAAGAGGCUCCAGUUAACCCCUCCCUCCCGCCAACCGUUGAGGAUGUUCCACCUGAGUAUCCGCCUAUUGUCAAAGAGUUAGCGGAAUAUUAUAAAACGCCACGGGGCAAACAUGAGCGCGCACCUGGUAAAUUUGCUACCCGAAGCGCUGAUCUACUGGCCAACUACGACUCAUACGCUUUUAACUACCUUAUUUCGCCUCGUCCAUUGCUGAUAAUUGCCGGUGCUGAUGCUAGCACAAAGUUCUAUAGUGAAGACGCGAUUAGGGCUGCAAAACAGCCAAAGGAACUUGUCAUUAUUCCAGGAAGGGAUCAUGCCGCUCUCUAUGAUAACCUGACAGAAUCUGGCCCUAAGCUGGUGGACUUUUUCAAGGAGCACCUGUGAGGCGUUCCAUCUUCAGUUGGAUCCUGUACUUAAUACUUGAAGUGAACUAAACUGAACUCUAAUAAUAUGGUAUAUGAAGACAUCGAAGAUCCUCCGGUGUUAGCGCGGA